AUGCAGGAAAAAUGGAACAAUGCAGACAACGGAUUGCAAAUUGAACUGAUUACCGAAGCCGACGAUAUCACACAAAGCUUGGAUUGCGUGUGCGAGGCAUUUGGUCGCCAGGCAAAGGAUGGUGUUUGGAUUGCCAUGAAUCCUGGCUGGGAUACCCCCGAAGGCAAGAUGCGCGGGGCCUCUCGUAUGGUUGAUCGCUGGCGCAGCACAAGCAAAGAUACCGCGGGCAACCCAAACACAAUGUUUCUGAAGGCUACCCUGCCAAGCCUGCAGGACGCAGGAAAGCGAGAUGCUGUCGGCUUUGCGAUUUGGGUCCAGGCCUCCAGCGUUGAGGGGCAUGGCGAGCCCCAAAUAGAGGAAUCUGAAACCUCGGCGGACCUCACAGACAUCUAUCCCGAGGAUCAGUCGGAACGCCUUUAUCUUUCUCAGGUCAUGUCCUCACUGCAUCGCCGCCGCAGAGAAGUGGUUGAGGAAGCGAAAAGCGCGGUGCCUCCGGCACUAUUUGUUUUGGACCUUUGCGCCGUGGAUCCUGCGCACCAGCGGAAAGGAAUCGCCAAACAGUUGGUUCAGUGGGGUCUCGAUGAAUCUUUGCGACGCGGAAAUCUCGAGGCUAUCACGGAAGCAUCUAGCAUGGGACGCCAUGUUUACGAAAAGAUGGGAUUCAAACCCGAAGGUGCAGACAUUGUGUAUUCUGUAGAUAACGAGUUUGCUUCGCGGACGAGACCAGCCAAUGUAUUCAUGCGGACGCGUGGGACUGUUUAG